GGCGGCGCGUGUUUCCGGCGGGCGGUGCCGCGCGGUGCUGACGCUGGCAGCGGGCGGCGCGCGGAGCUUCGCGAGGGGACCGGCGGCCGGGCCGUCCGGCGGUCGGUCGCACCAUGGUGGCCAAGCAGCGCAUCCGCAUGGCCAACGAGAAGCACAGCAAGAACAUCACCCAGCGCGGGAACGUCGCCAAGACCUCGAGGACGGCCCCGGAGGAGAAGGCGUCGGUCGGGCCCUGGCUGUUGGCGCUGUUCAUCUUCGUGGUCUGUGGAUCAGCCAUCUUCCAGAUUAUCCAGAGCAUCCGAAUGGGCAUGUGAGGGGCCCGUCACCUGUCGGGGCCAUCCGUCCCCGGCGCUGCCGUGAGCUGCCCAGCCCCCCCCCCCCCGCCCCCGGCUGGCGCCCUCCAGCCCCACUCUGUGCAGCGGCACCGGCCACAUCGCAUUCCAGGUCCCUUCACAGCCAUUCCGAGUUUUCUAGCCCGUGCCACAGUGCCUUGAACAGCACUACAUGUACAAAGCAAUAAAAGUAUGUUGUUGAUCUACAA